GCAGUUCGGCUAGACCGCCCGAACAAAGUGGCUCCAGACGGCAGAGAGCUCUUUUCCCCCCCUCAGUGCUGCACAGAUUGAUGCUAACUGGCUAACAGCCUGCAUUCACACGAGCAAUGGGACAGUGAAGUGUGACAUGGCAAAGAGUGUGUUUAGUGCACUCUUUCACAGCAACCUUGCAUUUGGACCUGGAACAGAGUGUACCUUGUCAUGAGUACACCACUCUAGCAGUGAUUUCCUGAGUUGUCAUGGAGACCUUAGCGGGAAGUGAGGUGGUUGGUGCGGCCGGUGGGCCACCAUCAGACUCCGUAUCCCCUGAUCCUCAGCAGUCCCAGACAUCACCAACGGGGAAGCUAAAGAAGACUGCAUUUAGGUUUUUUGGAGGUCGUAAGAGCAUCUGUAUGCUCCCAAGCUUCUUUGGAGGACGGGGAAAAGGACAAGGAAGGGGCUCAUCCAAAACAGGUGUAACCAAGAGCCAGACGUAUGAUGGCGUGAGCAGAGGAUGCUGGGAAGAAAGCAUCAGGGGGAGUGGUGAUAUAACUUCGGCAGACUUUGAGUUCCACAACCCGAAUGGCUCGAGUGAGUCACAAAAAAUGCGUGAAGGUCUUGCAAAGUCGCAGUCCCUCCCACGACAAAGAAGAGGCCUUAGAGGUCUGUUUAGCAGCAUUAGAAGACACCGAAAAAACAAACAUGUUGAACUGGAUAAAAAUGAGAUGUUUGAAAUGUCAUUGGGUGAAACAGUGCCUGCUACUCAGCAGAAUGCUGGCCGUCUCAGCGAUGCUGGUGAUGGUCGUCUGGGCAAGGUCUUGGAACCAGUUGUGCCUAUUGCAGAUAAUGGCAGCAAUUCUGAAAAGCCGUCUGCUUCUGCAGCCGACGAAUGUACAAAGGACGAAACUCUAGUGCCUGAGAAACGACGGAGCAAGGGGAAGGUGGGUGAGGCAGAGGAAGGAGACACGAGGAGAGAUGAAAGAAAAGAUGAUGAUAAGGAGGAGGAAGAGGAAAGAAAGAGAAAGGCCAGAUUGUCUACAUAUCGCCAGCCGUUAUCUGCUGACUCUGAGAUGGCUCGCCUGGCUGAGCUAAAUGCUGACGUGCCUGAGGGCGAGUUACCUACAAUGUCUGCCUCCUCUGACAAUGUGAAUAUGAUCUUUGGCGAUGUGUCUUCUUUGAAGAGCUUUGACUCUCUUACUGGUUGUGGGGACAUAAUUGCAGACCAGGAUGAUGUCAGUGUUGCUGAGAGUUCAGUUUCAGGGGAGAGGGGAAGUCGCAAUGCUGGCAAACGCAGCUCUUGCCUUAUUACUUAUCAGGGAGGCGGAGAGGAGAUGGCAACUCCAGAUGAAGUGGACAGUGAUUAUCUACACAGUCUUUGGGAGUCAGAUACUGGCAACGAGGUCUGCUACCUACCAUCAGAGCAGACUGACAGCUUGUCAAUCACACCUGAUCAGCCAAUCAGCACAUUUCAUACUGCCACUACAAGCAGCAGUGGCAACACCAGCACUAGCUUUUUGGGGGGCACAGAAACAGCCCUUACUCCUACUGACCUUCUAACCCCACAGAGUGACCGUCAAGAGUCUGUUCCUAACAGUGACGAGGGGUACUACGAUUCCACCACACCGGGAGCUGAUGAGGAAACAAGGGAACGUCCGCGGCAAGAAAGGCUUCCACGGGACAGCUAUAGUGGCGAUGCCCUUUAUGAACUUUUUGAGCCAGAUGACCGAUUGCUUAGUCCACCUCUUCCCUCGAAAGACAGUCACGGAUUCUUGGGAGCUCCCUUGCAGGGCAGCAAAGGUAAAGGAGACCUGCUGUAUGCACUGGAAACUGGCGCAAUGGAGACCGAGGAGGAACGACUCGGUAAGAUACAGCAUGCCUUGCUGUGCUGUGAGUUGCAGAACCUGAGAAGUCCAUCCAAAGAUCUGUAUAGUGGGGAUUGCUUUUAUAGUGAGUCAAAUAUUGAGGAUACCUGCAAAAGCUCAGCUGAGGAAGGGCUCCAUCAGCAUGGUGCCAGAUCAGCGCAAGGAGGCCAAGUCAUAAAGGAGGCUUUGUCUCACAGCGGGUCUCAGCUCACGCACAAACCUUUAUACAGACCUAAAGCUGAUUCAAGGUGUAGCCCGCAAGUCUCAAAGACACCUAGUCCUCCUCAAGACAUGGUCCUGUAUCCUGAGCAAGAACGCUGCGAAGCAUCGAAUGGCAGCUCCUUACCACCGAGCGGAGGCCGCAGCCAGUCCCAAGAGGAGCUCAUGGUCUGUUUCUCACAAGCCUUGGUAGAUUUCACCAAAAACACUCGACUGUACCGCAACUCUACAGAGAGCUUAGAUGGUUCAGAAUCCAGCUCACCUUUUGGGCCAAGCCUGAGUGCUCUUCCUGCCAUUGUUACGUUUGAUGUGGUUGAUAUGGAAAACGAGGGUGAAUGCGAACAGCAAACAGAGCUUGUUGAGGCAGAGGAGGAGUUAACUUCCCCUUAUGAGCCGUUUGAGGAUGACGGCUGCUACCUGCAGCAGGAUGCCUUUGCUGAGUGUGAUCAAAGAACCUUUGAUGCCUAUGAGCAGAGCUUGUUGUUCAGCAAUGCUUGGGGCAUCACAAGCCUUCCUCGGCACCUUAGCCUGGGCCGGCCAUGCCCUCCCAUUCCCGCUCCGCUAGCACUUAACCGCCGUAGCCGCUCUCUGGAUACAGAUAGUUUGGAGUUCCACACCAGCGAGCUUUACGCAUCAGUAGCAUCACAUGGUCAAAAGAUGGCUCCCUUUUUCCACCACAAGAAAAAUAACCCGGAAACAGGGGGCUGUUGUGACAUGGCGCUACCACGGCAUCCAGCAAGGGAUCAUGGAGAUGGUUGGAGGCAGGGGCGUGCUUGUGUAUUUGAAUCCUCCCAGAAAGCAAGUCUUUCUUCACAGCAGCAGCAAAAGUUCUCCCAAGGCAGUCAUUGGAUGGAAACAAUGUCAAGCUGUUCUUCUAACCGUCAAUCAACAGUCAGACCCUCACACCUCCCCCUACAGGCCUCCUCUCACAGUGGCAGCUCAGCGAGUACUGGCAGAGUAGCUGCUGAAGGAGAUGUAAUGGCCGGUGGAGGCGAUGCCCUGUACCCUUACAGUAAUCCACCAUCAGCAACGCAGUGGAAGAGUCGACCAGUUGGAAUCACCCAGGGUAUACCCCAUCUUCGUUCUGACCAGUCCGAGAACCCAAGAGAAAUCCCAGCCAAGAGUCGGAGGGCAGAACUGGAAGGGGGGUUCUCCACAGCAACCCCUAAACGUACCAUGUGAACAAUCAUAUUUUUUGUCUUUUUUUUUCUUCAUUCAAAAAAAAAAAAAAAAAGAUGUAGAUCUCAUCACCAAAGACACAGCUGGAUGUUUACUGACCAUUCUUGAUUUGUAUACACGUCUGUCCUCCCACACAGUUUUGCUGUUCUCUACAGAUAAGCUAAUAUAUUUUAGAAAAUGUGUAGAUGUUGAUUUUCUUUUCCACCAUUGUUUUUAUUUUUCAGUUUAGAAGCCAUGU